UUGGGUCGAUUAUGUCAUGGCGGGUUAGAUGUUUUCGGCACUUGGUUUUAUUGAAUUUGUUUUGAAUUACGCCGUCAAUGAUCUCGUUUCAACCGCUGUUGUUUAACACUAAGCGUAUUUAUAUAUUAGUAAUCGUUUCUUAAUCUAUUCAAAUGCUGAAACAAUUGCAAAUGGGCCUUCGCGCGUUCAUGCUCAUUGCAUCUAAAGUAUGGAGUUGUUUUUGUUAUAUGUUUAAGAAGCAAUAUCGAGCGUUGGCUCAAUACCAAUCUGUCAAGUAUGAGAUAUACCCACUGUCGCCCGUAUCUAGACACAGGCUGAGUUUAGUCAAAAGAAAAAUGCUGGUCUUAGACUUAGAUGAGACGUUAAUUCAUUCGCAUCACGAUGCAAUGUUGCGGCCGACAGUGAAGCCUGGGACGCCACCAGACUUCGUGCUAAAAGUCACUAUAGACAAGCAUCCGGUCAGAUUCUUUGUGCAUAAACGGCCGCAUGUCGAUUACUUUUUGGACAUAGUGUCCCAGUGGUACGAGCUGGUGGUGUUCACGGCGUCGAUGGAGAUCUACGGCGCGGCGGUGGCUGAUAAGCUGGACAACGGCCGCGGGAUCCUGCGGCGGCGGUUCUACAGACAACACUGCACGGCCGAGCACGGGUCGUACACAAAGAACCUGUCGUCGAUAUGCGACGACCUUAACAGGGUUUUCAUCCUCGACAACUCGCCGGGGGCCUACCGGGAUUUCCCAGAUAACGCGAUACCAAUAAAGUCGUGGUUCUCGGACCCGCUGGACGUGGCGCUGCUCAACCUGUUGCCGGUGCUGGACGCGCUGCGGUUCACGCACGACGUGCGCUCAGUGCUCUCUCGCAACCUGCACCUGCACCGCCUCUGGUAGCCACACGCAUAACAUCCACACACAUCAGAAACCGGCUUUUGUACAAAACAGGGACGCCAGAGGCCUCCUGAAAUUAUUUAUUAUUUUUAUUUUUCACUCGUUAGGCCAUUCAGCGCUUCUAUUCAAAUAUACAUAUAGAUAUAAAAAAAUAUAGUUAAAUAUUUUUUUUUAAGUUUUGUUUUUUCAUAAAUGAAAAGUAAAUAGAUUUGAGCCUACAUGUUGUAGGUGAGACAAACUUAUCUUUGCGGGCGGUUGUAACUGGAACUAUGGAGCUUGUUAUGUGAAAUAUGAAGACAGUGGCGCCGCCGUCGACAGCACUGAUAAGUUGGUCAAUGAAGUGUUUUUGAAACGGCUUCUAUUGUAAUUGACUAAAGUUUUCCAUGGAUUAGGUAAGUGCAAGGGCUUAGACUUGGUAUCUUGAUGAAAUUUUUAUCUUUGGUAAAUAUUUGUCAUCUUUAUCACUCCCUUAAUUGGUAUUCUAUUGAACUUUACGACGAAUAUCGUAAGGUACGCUAAAAUCAGGCGGGCACGGCGCGGAACAGUCCAUCUUAUACUGGAUAAUAGUACAAACUUGUUCAACGUCCAGUGUAAGUUGAACGCACGCAUUGAUACUCGCGCGUGCGAUCGGAACCCUUCUGUCAAAGUUAUUACUGAGCCGCCCAAGGCCCCUGACAUGACUCAUCAAGGCCCCGGCCAAGUAGUCACUGCCAUUUGCAGCAAAUUAUCUUCAAUAAGUCACUUCAAAAAAGGACAUUCGGGUGAUCAGCCUGUCUUAAUAAAUUUCAUUAAGGUACCUAGUUAUCACUGCAGUAGGUUUUAGCUUCUCGGGUAAAGGACUGCAUUCACGGAACUCAUGAGAAUAGUGACUAUGUUCUCUUCAAUUUCUAUUUUCGAGUCAUCGUCGUUAAAAGAAGUAUAAGAACGUUUUCUCACUGCAUCCGAUCCGAAUUCUCAAGUGACCGAUCCACAUAGUUCUUAACGUAGAAAUAUGCACAAAACGAGCAUAUAAUACAAGGCAACGAUCGAAUUAUAAACGUUACGCACCGUUCAUUGCUUCUUUGGUAUCACGUAACCACAACUAGCGUGUGUGUUACUACGCAAUGAACGGCGGGUAAAUCGAUGCAGCGGUCCAGAUAGAUUUGGAUUCGGAUCUCAAGUAAUGCGAAGACGCCUUAAAUAUUCCAAUACGGAGAACUAAUCACAAACAUUUCGCUCUCUGAAGAGGGUAGGCCUAUAUUAUGGCCUAGGACAUUUUUUUUAACUUAUUGUCAAUUAUUAGGAACUUCAGUGUUUAGAGCAACAUAACCUCAAACACAUUUCUUAAUUGGGGCCACUUUGUUUCGUUUUGUUACUUGUAGCAUGUGACAAUAUAUGGGGCCUUAGCCAAGUUGCAAACGAUUAUGUCAAUCACUGUCACUGUCGAUUGCCAUGAUUGGCUAUGUGACAGUUUUCGGAAAAGUAUUUUAAAAAUUAAAAUUGCUUGCUUAUACCUCUUAAAAUAUUUAAUUUUCUAGAAAAAGAAACACAUUUUAUUUUUUCAAUUAUUUUAAAUUCAACAAACAAAGAAACUGUCAAACAGUAUCACUUGAAACCUGACAGAUAGUUCUUGUUUAUUGUGUGAAAUGUGACGUCACACGAAUCUCAAUCUUGGCCCGAGCGGCUGUUUCGGGUUUUGUAAUACACUGAUAAAAAAAAACAUUCUUAUUUUGUAAAAAAAAAAACUAUUGGAUAAUUAUCGUUAAAUGAUGAACUAGCAUAUGGGUGAAUAUCAAAAUGGGCAAGUUUGGUGGCGAUCUGUCAUAUAAUUUUUUCGUGAAAGUAGGGGAAAUUGGGAAAAUUGGGAAUUGAAAAAUUCCUUUUUCAUGUCGGAACCGAGGAUCCUUUUGGAUCUUUUUCAUGUCGGAACCCAAUUUUUCACGAAAAAAUAAGAUGAAAUUUCGCCACCAAACUUGAAAUUUUGAGAUUCACCCAUAUCGGACAUAUUUCAUAUUUUAUUGUUUGUUACAAGUAUCAUGUCGCCAAUUGCAACUUGUCUAAAACUCCAUGUAUCGUUUAUGUAUGUAUAAUACUCAUAAUUAAUUUUAGUGCCAAGCUUUUGUCGGUGUAGCAUUCUCCAUCCUUGUCUAUCAAAGGCCAAUAGGGUAGUUUCCAACUAGUCAAAUCAGUUACUUUUUACUAAAAGUCAAUACACGUUUUACGUCAAUACAUAAUUACUAUGGACUUUGUAUGAAAAAGCAACUUAAACGUGACAAAAUGUCGCACUUAUUAUUACAUUAUUCUUCAUUAAAAUUCAUGAAUAAAUUAAAUAGAAAAAAGAAAACUUUUUUGUCAGGUUUAGACCUGUCUUUAUUUAGUAAUCAGAAUUUCAUUAUUUAUCUUUGGCCAAGGAAACUACCUAAUUCUUUGGCUUUAUAAUAUACGAUUCGCCUUCUCUUUACAAAAUGAAAACAUGGUUUAUAUAUACGUUUAACCUCAUUAGUUCUGUGGUGCAGUAUGAGUGAGUAGGACGGAGUAAAGUAAUCGUAUCACUAAAGUAACUCAACACCCCACCAAUAUAACAUGAAGAUAUUUUUUAUAAAAAAAAAACUUGUAAUUUAUUGACAACACCGACUUUAUUUGCACGAAAGCGUGUUUGGGGAAGAUCGUUCCAUUUUUGAAUUUUGUUUUCAACGGACUGUCUUUGAGUGGUUUGCCCAUUUUCGAAUGUCGUUUGAUCUCUUAGGUUUAAUUUUUAGUGUUCUCUUUUUAAAGUGGUGAGCGGAAAUAAACAUGGAAGCAUUUUUGUGGCUCAAAAAUGACGCAAUUAUAAUCGUACCGCGGGGAGCGGGGCUUCAAAAUUAUACCGUCAUAUCUGGCCUUUAGUGCUGUGGUAUAAAGGUAUAAAUCGGCGCGCGCCUUUUGUCACAUACCGGUCAACUUAUUUACGAAACGGCGUAUGUGGCUAAACAAAUAUCGACAUUACCACUACUAAUUUGAGUUCGUUUAGCUACUGUGAGAGUGUUUUGUUUUGAGUGAGUUUUAUCCUCAAUAAUUUACUGCAGCGAGUACGAAGAGGCUUCCAUUUUCAAUUUCGUUCACCGUUUUAAAAUAAUAAAGUUCCGCUGAGCUGAUGCUCAAUAACGCGUAAAUUCCUUUUGUUUUGAAAAUUGGCAAAUCACUAUUACUUACGUCGAGCGCUGUGAACUAUCUAUGACAAUAGGAUAGCGUAUACUAAUUAUUUCGUGUACAAAAUGUGAGUCUGUUGCAGUUGGUUUGUUUAAUACUUAACGGUGAACAUCUACUUCAAAAGCUUUUAUGGGUAUACUAUUUUGACGUAGAUCAGACAAAACCCGAAGUGGCUAGAAACAAGAGGUUUUGUGUUCCACAAUAAUAUAAUUUCAUACCAUGUUUCCCUACAAUGUUGGUUGGUUACGCCAACCAGGGAUUGACCAUAAACAUGAAUCCUGAAAGUUUCCGAAUACUUAGUUUCAAUUUAAGUGAAUUCACCGUUAAGUAGUGAACAAAUUGAAACGUUUAGAGUUUUAUGCAACUGUUAAAAUAGCUUUGGUUCAGUUACUAUGAGUGGUGUAUAAUCCACGAUGGCUUUGCCGUGUCUAAACUGAACUUUGUAUCGAUGAAAUGUCAUAUCUUUAGAUAUUGACUUGUUAGCAGUGAAAGCAAACUCCGGACAAUACACACAACAAUAUCAUUCUUCUGUUUCAACAACAGUUCGAUCUAUGAAGUGCCAAGUGGCGAAGUUGUUUGUGGUAUUUAUACCAAACCUAAUUAUCUUUAAGGGUUGAACUAUUGUACUGGUUACUAUACAAACAUAAAUUGUUCAAAUGCUUCCAAAAGUUUAGAUAUUGACAAAACCAUCGUACCUAUAACGCUAUUAAUUAUUACUAUUAUAGAGGCGUGGACAUGUUUUUGACACCAAAUAGUUGAAAUAAGUGUUUAGAUAUAUCAAUGUAUUUAGCAGGCGGCCGUCUCACUACCCUACAGCCAACGGUACUUAGAAGCAUGAAAACACCAUUAAAAUCGGUUCAGUGGUUCUGCGUAUGAACAAAAAGACAAUUGACAUUUUGUGAAAUGUAAUUGACGUUCGAAUUACUUUAAUUUGUUAGUAGUUUGAGACAACGGUGCAUAUAGAUUACUAUUGGAUACAUUGCAUUUUCCAGUGCAAUGACAUCUGUAUCUUUUUACAAGUUAGCAUGUAUCAUUUUAGUCGUAGCAAGUUUUAAAACUGAGGUUAUAAGACUCCACGAACGCAUCUGUACACGCAAAACGCUUGCGUACUUUACCUCUCUGCCUACCCCUUCGGGGUUACAGGCGUGAUGCUAUCUUAUGUUUUUGUUCUUGUAUACCGACGUUCGGUGCGAAGCAUUGGUGCGUGUAGAGAAUCGUCGAAUCGAGCACGCUCUUGCCCAGUUAAAACAGAGUUGCGAAGUCUUAGAAAAUAUGCAUUGGCUAAUGCCUCUAAAGAUAUUUUCUCGAAGGCUCGCGAUGUAGCUCGAGAAAAACAGCCCCAAGCUUUAUAGAGCUCAUAUCUUUUAGGGUUGACUCAGAUCGCUUUCCCUCGCCUCUAUCCUUUUCUGCCACACAGAACCGUCAUUUGCUAGAGCGAGAUAAAGGGCGGGAGUGCGACUGCAAUCCAACCGACUCGUCGGUUCCGCUGCGUGCGGUCGCAUUAUCCCGCUAUAAUCAAAUUACAGUUCUGAGUGACAGAAAAGGAUAGAAGCAAGGGAAAGCGAUGUGAGUCAACCCUAAGAGAUAUGAGCUCUAUAAAGCUUGGGCCUGUUUUCUCGAGCCACGUAGCGAGCCUUUGAGAUAUCUUACGUGCAUAUUCCUCACCCUUAUCACUUGCUGCUUCUGAAAACAUCUCGUAUACAUGGCUAAGGUUAUGAACAAAUCUUAAUGCCGGUGUUGACCGCCUAAGCUGUGUAUACGAGUUGACAAAUAAUCCCUUCUGAAAAUGUGUGAACUAAAUAGGUUCCUAAAUAAUGUAAUACAAUUUAAUGGUUAAUUUUCUACCAUUUUGUACAGAAUAAAGAACUUCCUUAGAAUAUGUUUUUUCUACUUAAUUUGUAUGUCUUGAAGAGUAUAAAUGCUGUAAUCAAGAUAUAUUUUUUGUUUGUAAAUAUAGUUUAGCAUAUCAUGUUCCAGUGUUGAAAUUCACAGGGUGAUUUCUUUAUGAUAUGAGAUUAAAAUAAUGUUCUGUUGACAAAUGUGGAAAUUGUGUAAGUAAUGGUCAUAAAAACGGGGGUAUCUCAAAUUUUAUACGAAAACAGAAGUAUAUUGAUUCAACUGUAACAGGAUAUUUUUUAUUUCCAAUUCAAUAGUAAUCCGUACAAAACUUGUUUUUCCUUUAGUAUGUAAACGCUUUUGUAAUGUUUGAGGUACCAAAAAUCAAAUAACGCAUCUCGUAGCACAAUUUAUAUGUUAAUUUUCUGAAAGUAAUCCAUGUCAU